GGUAACAUGAAGUUCUAAGAUUAUUUGGUUCUGGUUGGUUCUCGGAGGGUUUUUGUGGAAGAAAGUGGUAAUUCCAGCGACCAUGAUUAUAAGAGCAAGUUUUCUAGAUGGAAAUAAUGUAGGUUUGGACACACAGUAGUAACUGGUUGCAAUGCAUGUCCUUAGAACCUAUGGAAAGCAAUGAGAAGUAACAUAGAUUGAAAAAUAUGUUUAGGAACUUCAGAGGACCGAGGCCACCAAGAGGGAGACAGAGACCAUUCAGGAGAAGAGGUGGUUUUCGACCACCAAAACCUGCAAGUAGUGAAGUUGCUCUGGCUGUUAAAGAGGCAGAGAAGCCUACUGGACCUUAUACUGGAUACACUGACGAUGACUUUGAUGAUAUCUACCUUAGGGCUAGUAACAAGGGGCCUAGUAGAAGUCAAGUGCACCACGAGGAUGAACGCAGACAAUGCAGUAAUUUUGAGGAAACAGUGCACCUGGUCGAACCCAACAUUGCACAACAUACCCCACUUUGGGAAAGUGGGCACAAGCAUAGUGCACCUAGAAUACAGCAAUCACAAACUAGAGUUGAUGAACACAUAGUUUAUAAUGCUUGUGAUGGAAAAACCCUCCUUAGCAGCCCAAGAAAAAUGCCAUUAAGACAAGCAAGAGAAGAUGAACAUAACAUUUAUAGCAGUGUCAAGGAGCAAUCGCCUCUACUCUGGUCAAGCUAUGCUAAAGUUAAAGAAAAAGAACAAGGCCUUGUUGUGAAUGCUGAUCAUUUAGAGAAAAUGAAUGAGAAUCAUUAUAACAAGCCAUUGGACACACAUCAUUAUUUGACAGAUGUAGAAUAUUGUCAGUCACAAAAACCCAUACUCACGACAAAUUUUAGCUGUCUCUACCUUCCGAGACACACAGGUGCCAUAAAACAUGAUACAAGAAACCCUAAAAACCAAGGUUCUCUUGCCAUCAUUGUCACAAAUCUUCCACCAGUUGUCAAUCAGGAGCUUAUGUCUGAAAUUUUUUCAAGGUUUGGUGAGAUAAACUCCAUUAAAUUUGAGACUAAUAUCAUAGAUGAAAAACUAUCCAAAGUUUGUGAAAUAAGGUUCAAAGAAAAAGGGUCAGCAGCCAAUGCACUGAUGUUUGAUAAGCAUUACAUUUUUGUUGGCCGAGAAGGUACCCUCAUGCUUCCUUUGAUGGUGUCACAAAUUCAUGUUAACUUGAUUGAUUCUCUUCCUGAAGAUUAUCUAAUGUUUUCUCAACAUGCCAUUUCAGAAACCAUGUCGGCUUUAGUAAAUCAACAUCAUUUUGUUGAUGCAGCCAGAACUCUUCAAAGAUGGAUCCUUCAUAGUGAAUGUAAUCCAUCUAAUUUCAAUACAUUUUUUGCACUUAUUUCAACUGCAAACAGUUUUAUAGAGCAAUUAGUUGCUUCUGGGGAAGAUCUUAAAGCUUUGGUAGAGUGUCACAGGAAGAAACAGAAUGCAUUGUCAGAUUCACUCAAAGAGAAAUGUAUUGCAAUGGAAUCAUUGUUUAGUUCAUGCAGAGAAAAAGCUUUGCUUGACAUGUUCACCCAAGAUCAAAGGGAAGCCAUUUUGAGUUUCAUCAUGAGUGUUUUGCAGGAAGUUGAUAAGCUGCAUCUUAUGAAUAGCUCAUUGCAUCAGUAUGCAGACGCAGGUUCUAAGGAGAUCCAAUCAAAGAUGCUGAAAGAAAAUGAAGAUAGUAGAAGUGCCAGGAGAAUUGAAGAAAUGAAGGUGCAAAAGCUAACAGAGGAGAACCUUGAUCUGAAAUCUCAAAUGGUGUCUAGGGAAAUUGAAAGGGAUAAGCUUAUUUGGGUUAUAGGUCAGCUAGAAAAACAGUUAGAAAAUCAACCCAAAAAUGACAUGGACAAUGACAAAUUGAAAGAGAAAGACAAACAGAUAGAGGCUCUAAAUAUGCAGAUACAAGGGCUGAAACAGUUUAUGUUAUUUGGUGGGAAAGUCGAAUCCACUGAUUCAAAAGAUAUCAGUAGCAGAAGGGAGCACCGUGAUGGUAGAGAGCAUUCUAGAAACACAGAGGUUAAAGGUAGCAACAAAGCUGCAGACACUCGCAGGCAUUCUUCUGGUCAUAGAGAUAGGAAAUCGAGAGAACAAAGCAAGGAUGGAACAGGAACAUCAAGAAGAAGAUCAGAGGAGAAAAUAAAAAGAUCACCGGACAAUUUUAAAACUGUUUAUCACAGACAAAAGGAGCCUGAAGAAGCGUCAUUUAAGGUUGUUGACGAAAUAGUUGAAAAGUCAGAAGGAGUAGGCGAAAUAGUUGAAAAGUCCGAAGAAGAGAGCGAAAAACUACACGAAAACAUUACAAUAGAAUCAGAUUCUCGAGUUGACGCGAUUGAGGCUGACAAUGUUACACCGGGUCCAAGUGGCCUGGUGCAAUACACUGAUGACCAUACGUCAGCUACAGUUGUCACUGAAGAAAAGAGUUCAGUUGAACUAAUAACUGAGGGAAAGUGUUUGGAUACGACGGAGAAUAAAAUUGGUGAUGGAAAGCGCAAACAGAUCGGACAGGAUGUGACUGUGCUGCCUGUUACCAAAAUUGAGACAACACCAAUAAGCAAAGUUGGGGAAUCCAUUUUGAAAAGAAUACGGCUCGGAAACUGGGAUUCCCCUUCUAAUGACCGAAAAAGUGACCAAAACAAAUCGCUUGAGCAAUGAGUUACAAUCUUCAAGGUAUUUUUCAUUGCAAAAUCUAUAUUGAUUUUCCUACCUUGUUCAAUGAUGCUUUUUGAAGCACUUAUCGCCUAGGUAUAGGUCAAUAACGAUUAUUUCGUGGUUUUGAUACUUGAGCUACAAAAUGAAGGGGAAAAAGAAGGGAACAGACAAAUCUUUGUGAGUAUGUUCUAGAGAACGAAUUCUAUUUCAUGCCAGUGGCAGAUGACAUCUUUGCCAUUGCUGAUAUUUCCAGCUAAUUGCUUGCUGAACUCGCUUUCAGAUUUGGGGCUUGUUAGGAAUUUAUCACAAUAAGAGUCCAGAGGCCCCUAGCUGAUAACCCUGGCUUUGAAAACCUUUCAGAAAAACAAUAUACUGGAUCCACGCUGAUCGUGAGCAUUUAUCGGGCCUGGGACCGGAAUGAAGAUUGGGCCCGUGAUGACGUCAUUAAAACUGCGAUUGUUGUUCUUGUUGUUUGUUGUUAAGAACACUGCUAUAACCUCUUAGCUCGGGGCCUCCCCCCCCCUCUUCGCGUGGCUGUCUGGGUGUAGUAAGCGAAAUGCGUCCCACGCGUUAGCUAGCAACGCCGCUUCCAGUUCUCCGGGCGCUCUGGCUCCAACGCCCGCUAAAAUUGUUGAAAAUCUUUUAUCAAGCAUACAAUGCCUAUUUCCUAUGCUAUAUUUUCAACGGUGCGGUUGCAAUUCUGAUGUUUCUUCCUACCUCGCAGAAUACAUCAAUGAAAGAUUUGCAAUUUGCAGAUGUGUAAAUAUUUUAGCAUUGCGUUGGAAUUCAAGACGAGGGACUGUUUUAUUUUAAAACGUUUGCCUAGAUGAUACAGAACACCAAAAAAAUUUAAUUCUUUGCCUUUAAUGUGGUAUGGAAUUGAAAUAUGCAAAAUGGUGCUGGUGCUGACAUCUGAGCAGACUAAACCAGUCAUAGCGGUGCAUGUUUAACUCUCACUUACAUUAUGUCAUUAUGAUUGGUGUAUCAAUUCAUGUGUUAAAAGACCAGUACAGAGUAAGACAGAUCUCUGCAGUCUCAUGCCCUCAGACACAGGUCAGAUGCUUUAACUAAUGAUUAAGCUACCAUCUACAGAUCAUGUCUGAAUCAGAGGUGGCUCCAGAAAUCUUCCGACAGAGGGGUUGGAGCUUCCGACAGGAGGGCUAAAAUGA